GCUCUGUGGUUGGGAGAGGGGGCCGCCAUGGCGGAGUGCUCCGGCCUCCAGUUCGUCAGCCCUUACGCCUUCGAGGCGAUGCAGAAGGUGGACGUGGUGCGCCUGGCCGCGCUGAGCGACCCCGAGCUGCGGCUGCUGCUGCCUUGCCUGGUGCGCAUGGCCCUCUGCGCCCCAGCCGACCAGAGCCAGAGCUGGGCGCAGGACAAGAAGCUCAUUCUGCGGCUGCUCUCUGGGGUGGAGGCGGUGAAUUCCAUCGUGGCUCUGCUGUCCGUAGACUUCCACGCCCUGGAGCAGGAUGCCAGCAAAGAGCAGCAGCUCCGGCAUAAGCUUGGAGGAGGUAGUGGAGAAAGUAUCUUGGUGUCCCAGCUUCAGCAUGGGCUGACCCUGGAGUUUGAGCACAGCGAUUCCCCCCGGCGGCUCCGGCUGGUGCUCAGUGAAUUACUGGCAAUUAUGAAUAAGGUGUCAGAAUCGAAUGGGGAGUUUUUUCUCAAGUCUUCUGAGCUCUUCGAGAGUCCUGUGUAUCUGGAGGAGGCAGCAGAUGUUCUCUGCAUUUUGCAAGCAGAACUGCCAUCACUGUUGCCAAUAGUUGAUGUGGCUGAAGCUCUGUUGCAUGUUAAAAAUGGAGCCUGGUUCCUCUGCCUUCUGGUGGCCAAUGUUCCUGAUAGCUUUAAUGAGGUCUGCAGAGGUUUGAUUAAGAAUGGUGAGCGGCAGGACGAGGAGAGCGUUGGAGGCCGACGGAGGACAGAGGCACUUCGCCACCUGUGCAAGAUGAACCCUUCCCAAGCUCUCAGGGUCCGAGGCAUGGUGGUGGAAGAAUGUCACCUGCCAGGUCUUGGUGUGGCUUUGACCUUGGAUCACACCAAAAAUGAAUCUUCAGACGAUGGAGUGAGUGACCUGGUGUGUUUUGUGAGCGGUUUGCUACUUGGAACAAACGCAAAGGUUCGGACUUGGUUUGGAACUUUUAUCAGAAAUGGCCAACAGAGAAAAAGAGAUAAUAUCAGUUCUGUGCUUUGGCAAAUGAGGAGGCAGCUGCUCCUGGAGCUCAUGGGAAUCCUCCCCACGGUUCGCAGCACACACAUUGUUGAAGAAGCAGAUGUUGAUAUGGAGCCAAACGUGUCUGUGUACUCAGGACUGAAGGAGGAGCACGUGGUGAAGGCCAGCGCAUUGUUACGUCUCUAUUGCGCUUUGAUGGGAAUUGCUGGGCUGAAGCCAACUGAUGAGGAAGCUGAGCAGCUGCUGCAGCUGAUGACCAGCCGACCUCCUGCAACUCCAGCUGGUGUUCGCUUUGUGUCUCUUUCCUUUUGUAUGCUCCUGGCCUUCUCUACUCUUGUCAGCACCCCAGAGCAGGAGCAACUCAUGGUAAUGUGGCUUAGCUGGAUGAUAAAAGAAGAAGCUUACUUUGAGAGCAUUUCUGGUGUGUCUGCUUCUUUUGGAGAGAUGCUUCUCUUGGUAGCUAUGUAUUUCCAUAGCAAUCAGCUCAGUGCUAUCAUUGAUUUGGUCUGCUCCACCUUGGGAAUGAAGAUUGUUAUUAAGCCCAGCUCACUCAGCAGAAUGAAGACAAUCUUCACACAGGAGAUUUUCACUGAACAGGUUGUUACAGCCCAUGCAGUCCGUGUGCCGGUGACAGGCAAUCUCAGUGCCAACAUCACUGGGUUUUUACCUAUCCACUGUAUUUACCAGCUUCUGAAAAGUCGCUCCUUCACCAAGCACAAAGUAUCCAUUAAGGACUGGAUCUAUCGGCAGCUCUGCGAAACCACCACUCCACUCCAUCCUCAGUUGCUUCCUCUUAUUGAUGUCUACAUCAACUCUAUUCUUACUCCUGCAUCUAAAUCCAAUCCAGAGGCCACAAAUCAGCCAGUCACAGAACAAGAGAUACUAAAUGUUUUUCAGGGACUCUCCGGGGGAGAAAACAGUCGUGUCACUCAACGCUACAGCAUCACAACACAGCUGCUUGUCCUCUACUAUGUCCUGUCCUACGAAGAAGCACUUCUGGCAAACACAAAGAUCCUAGCUGCCAUGCAGAGGAAACCCAAGUCUUACUCCUCAGCACUAAUGGAUCAGAUUCCAAUCAAGUACCUCAUCCGGCAGGCACAGGGACUGCAGCAGGAGCUGGGAGGUCUGCAUUCUGCACUGUUACGCCUGCUUGCAACUAACUAUCCUCACCUCUGCAUUGUGGAGGACUGGAUCUGUGAGGAGCACAUCACUGGCACUGAUGCCUUACUGAGGAGGAUGCUGCUUACAAACACUGCAAAGAACCACUCUCCCAAACAGCUUCAGGAAGCAUUUUCCAUGCUGCCUGGAAAUCACACCCAGCUGAUGCAGAUCUUGGAACAUUUAACACUUCUCUCAGCUGGUGAAUUGAUCCCAUAUGCAGAAGUGUUGACAUCGAAUAUGAAUCAGCUGCUGAAUGCUGGAGUCCCUCGGAGGAUUCUUCAGACUGUCAAUAAACUCUGGAUGGUUCUUAACACUGUGAUGCCAAGGAGGUUGUGGGUGAUGACUGUUAAUGCUCUGCAGCCUUCAGUCAAAAUAGUCCGACAGCAGAAGUACACUCAGAAUGAUCUGAUGAUUGAUCCUUUGAUUGUGCUAAGAUGUGAUCAGAGAGUUCACAGGAGUCCUCCUCUGAUGGAUAUAACUUUGCACAUGUUGAAUGGAUAUCUUCUUGCUUCAAAAGCUUACCUCAAUUCUCAUCUAAAAGAAACAGCAGAGCAGGACAUUAGGCCAUCCCAAAACAAUGCAAUGGGUCCAGAGGCCCCAGAAGUUACAAGGGAAGAACUGAAAAAUGCCCUGCUUGCUGCUCAGGACAGUGCUGCUGUGCAGAUUCUUCUAGAGAUCUGCUUACCUACAGAAGACGAGAAAGCCCAAGGCAGUAAUACCCACAGUUUGCUGAAGAGUGUUCAUGGUACUACAGGCCCUAAGAGUCCUGAACCAGAAGAAGAAGAUAGCUUGCUGUGUAAUCUUCGAGAGGUCCAGUGUCUGAUCUGCUGCCUGCUGCAUCAGAUGUAUAUAGCUGACCCAAACAUAGUCAAACUAGUUCAUUUCCAGGGUUACCCAUGUGAAUUGCUGGCACUGACAGUGGCAGGGAUUCCAUCGAUGCACAUCUGUCUGGAUUUCAUACCAGAGCUGAUUGCUCAGCCUGAACUGGAAAAGCAGAUAUUUGCCAUCCAGUUACUGUCAUUUUUGUGUAUCCAGUAUGCGCUGCCUAAAUCUCUCAGUGUGGCUCGGUUAGCCAUCAAUGUGAUGGGAACCCUGCUCACAGUUUUAACCCAGUCGAAGCGCUAUGUUUUUUUUAUGCCAACCCUGCCUUGUUUGGUGUCGUUCUGUCAAGCCUUUCCUCCUUUGUAUGAGGAUAUUAUGUCUCUGCUGAUACAGAUAGGACAAGUUUGUGCCUCUGAUGUUGCUACGCAAACAAGAGACUUUGACCCAAUUAUUACACGGCUCCAGCAACUAAAGGAGAAACCACAUGAAGUGUCAGGACUUUGUAAAGAUUCAUCUAACAAAAGUUGUUCAAGUGACACUGCAAGCAUGGACCCUGAUGUUCGGCUAUGUCAGUGUGUUGAAAAUACUAUAAUUGAAAUUAUUAACAUGAGUGUAAGUGGAGUUUAGGAAGAACACAAAUGACAUGGUACUGUAACUAUUCUCAGUCUGUGGUGCCUAAAUUUGGAGAAAACUGUGAAAGUGGACUGAGGAACUGGAGAGCAAGAAGUCCAUAGGUUUCAUUCAAUCAACUCAAUUAUGGCUGAAAUGAAAAAAAUUCUUUGUAAAGAGGCUUAUGUUGCUUCCAGUGAAAGCUUUUGAGGCUAAUGGGGGUCAGUAAACAAUUUUCCAGUGAAACGGGGCAAGAUUUUCAGGUUUGCUCAGUUUCUAGAGUGAGUCAGCAACACACCCAAAAGAAGUUUCAUAUCAUUCUGAAAAGCACAUACUUAAUUUUUCAAGCAAAAAGGAUGACUAUGAAAAAUUUGUGGUUGACGCUUUGCUUAAGUUAAAUGAACAACUGUUCCAGGGCCUUGCAGAGCAAGAUGGAAUGGAAUGCUACAAGGAAGACCUGAUAAAGCGGUGUAAGGAACUUGCACCAUCACAUCAAGCACUAAGAAAAUGCUUUUAACUUUUUUUUGUGUGUUUCAAACCAUUGGUCAGUUUCAGUUCCUGUGAUCAGGAACUUCAUUUAUUGAUCAGUCAACCUUCAUUAAAAGUUUGAAACUGGUCGAAAAGUUUCUGUAAAGAAAAAGUACUGUACAAAAUGAACUGUAGAAAUGUGAUUUUUAAUUUUUGGGUGUUUUUUUUUUUAUAGAAUAUGUAUUUUUAAUGCAGCUCAGAUGAUUCAGUAUUUUUUAACAACGGCUUAAAAGAGCUGAGAAAGACAUAAGAAGCAAGUACAAAGGUGUCUUGCCAUCAGGAUAAGAUCAAAAACAAAAAAUCAGUGUUGAGGAUGACUGACAGAAGCUAAAUUUCCUUGUGAUGAAAGGAACGACAGAUACCAGCCUUACCAAAGUGGUUAUGUGCAGCUUGGUGGACACAGGAAGGCUGAAGCCUUUGUGCUUCAUGCAUGAACUUGGUUGUUCCUUUGUACACAAAAGCAGGACUUAAACCUCAACAGAUGUUUUGUGGCAUUGCAGAAGAGGGUGUGUGGUGCAGUGGUUGGGAGUUCCUUGAAGGUUGCACAAGCUCAUAGGUGAGGUAGCACAAGCUUUUGUGGUAGAAAAAGAAUUAAGGUUUGGCCGUUGUGCCAGAGUGCUUCCACACACUUUGAAAUUGCUAAACUUGUAAAUCCAGCACUUAAUUUUUUCUUAAAUGACAGUAUCCAAGGUCUUUAAAAUAACAUUAAAAUCGGUUCAUAUUCUAGAGAUUAAUAGUCAAUUCUUUAGUGUGGCCUUGGGAAAACUGUGCCUAACUUGUCUGCUGCCUGGGUUGGAAAGUGAUUUGAGGAAGGCUGAGACCAAACUGUCAAGCACACAGGGGUUUGUGUUGCAGCAUCACCAGCGUGCUGUGACAUCUGAUAACACCAUCUGCCUACCCAGUCUAUUUUUGUCACCUCCAUGUAAAGAAUGUAAAUAAUCGAAAUGUCUGUAUUUUUUUUUUUCCUGUCUGAUUUUUU